AUGGACCAGAUCUUGCCUUCUUGGACCCGCAAAUGGAUUGCUGGCAUAGACAGGUCUCGAGAUCGCGGAGAAUAUGAGUUAGUUGGCACUACGCUCAGCACUCCUGGACCAGAUGUUGGGAAGGAUCGAGAACCUUCGGAGUCCGACAGUAAGACUCUAAGGAAGGUCGCUGAUCAUUUGCCAUGGUCUACUUUUCUGAUCGCUGUAGUUGAGCUAUGCGAGCGUUUCACAUACUAUGGACUCAGUGGACCUUUCCAGAACUACAUAUCCAACUCCUACCAUGAUCCAAACGGCCUUCCUGGUGCGAUUGGCUUGAAUCAGAGCGGUGCAACUUUUCUCACAAAUUUCUUCCAAUUCUGGUGCUAUCUCACGCCUGUAAUAGGCGCUGUGAUAGCAGACCAGUAUCUGGGGAAGUACUGGACUAUCGUAUACUUUUCAAUUAUCUACGCUGCGGGCAUCCUCAUCCUUUUCAUAACCUCUCUCCCAGUUGCCAUCGAGCAUGGAAUGGCGUUCCCUGGGCUUCUCAUCGCUAUGAUUGUUAUUGGUCUGGGAACAGGAGGGAUCAAAAGCAAUGUCAGUCCGCUGAUUGCGGAGCAAUACACAGGAACGAAGACAUUCGUGAGAACGCUGAGUGGAGGAGAACGGGUCAUAGUUGAUCCGAGCAUUACCAUCCAGCGAAUAUACAUGAUCUUCUACCUCUGUAUCAACAUCGGAUCUCUAUCCUCUCUGUUAACCACAAAUAUGGAACUCCACAUAGGCUUCUGGUCGGCCUACCUACUCUGCUUCGUUGUUUUUCUUGUCGGCCUCGCCAUUCUACUACUAGGCAAGAAGAACUACGUCCUGCACCCACCUACUGGCUCAGUCAUCCCUAGAGCUCUACAAAUUUGCUGGACAGCCUCAAGAAACAACUUCACCCUACUCACCACCAGCCCUUCCCUGACAGAGCAAGCCUUCAUCCAAGAGGUCCGUACAGCCCUCCAAGCAUGCAAAGUCUUCCUUGUAUUUCCCCUUUACUGGCUGGCCCAAUCCCAAAUGCUCAACAAUCUCGUCUCUCAAGCCGGGCAAAUGCAACUCCAUGGGAUCCCCAAUGAUAUUAUGUCCAAUAUCGAUCCACUUACCAUCAUUGUCUUCAUUCCCAUCUGCGACAGAAUCCUCUAUCCAUUCCUACACAACAACAUGGGCAUCGCUUUCAAGCCCAUAACGAGGAUCUUUGUGGGUUUCAUGUUCGGUGCAGCUGGAAUGGCGUACGCAGCAGCUGUCCAGAAGACAAUCUACAAAUCUGCUCCCUGCUUUGAGCAGCCUGGCGCUUGCUCCGCAGGUCUGAGAGAGGACGGCACGACUUACAGACCGAAUGAGGUCCAUGUGGCGAUUCAGGCUCCCGCGUUUCUGCUGAUUGGCAUGAGUGAGAUUUUCGCUGCGGUAACGGGCUUGGAGUUUGCAUUUACGAAAGCUCCGGCAUCAAUGAAGUCCUUCAUCAUGUCUAUAUUCCUCCUCACAACAGCCUUUGGAGCAGCCUUGGGUGCGAUCAUCAGUCCUUUUGCGAAGGAUCCGGAUUUGUUCUGGGUGUAUGCUGGUCUAGCAGCGGUCUGCUUUGCUUCGGGCUGGAUCUUUUGGUACUGCUUUCGAGGUAUGAAUGUGGAGGACGAUGCAGUGGGAGCAAUUGAGCGUGAACCAUAG